AUGCCUCAUGUGAAAGCCAAGGUCGUACCAGGAGCGGAUGACAAGUUCAACAGCACACGAAAACAGUCCGCCGGAGCUCAGUUCCGGCAUUCCCUGAUGGUGCUCAUGGAGAGGAUGUAUUCUGCCAACCCGCACUUUGUGCGCUGUAUAAAGCCCAACAGCCAGAAGGAGCCAGGCGUGGUGGACAGCCAGGUGGUGCUGCAGCAGUCCACUCCUUUUGAUAAUUUCUUGGACCCUUCUGCGCCUCGUCCUGUUCUGAAGACAGAGGAGCAGACUGAAGAAGAGGCAAAAAUGAGGAAACUCAAGAGAGGAGCAACUUUACUCUGGUUCAAAGAGACGCAGGUCCAGAAGGUCAUGCAGGAUGACGGGGCCUUUCCAAGCUGGCUGCAUGGGAUGAUCAGCCGGAGGGAAGCUGAAAACUUGCUGAUUGACAAGCCUUUGGGUUGCUUCCUUGUUCGGAUCAGCCAGAGCCGACCGGGCUACACCUUGACAUACAGGGGUGAAGGCCGCUGCCGACACUACAUGAUCCAGAUGCAGCCCAAUGCACGCUAUGUCAUCCUGGGGGAAGACCGGGCUCAUGCCUCACUCACCGAGCUGGUUCGGUAUCACCAGACUGUGGGCAUCCAGCCCUUCAUGGAGAUACUGACUGUUCCCUGUGGGCAGAAAAGUAGUGAGAGUUUGGAUUACGAAGAUCUAGAGUGCCUCACGCUGGGUGCACUGGCCGCUGAGGGGGAGACCCCUCCAGAGGAGCAGCCCUGCCCCUCCAGGCCUUCCACCAGAAGACCUUCUCUGCAGUCAGGAGUGGCCGCGGUUCUCAGGCACGUGUGGUUCAGGAGGACCAAGGAUUGCCAAAACCAACAGAGGCUGAACAUGGGUAGCACAAAGCCAAGCUCAGACAAGGAGAGAGACAGCCAACGAGCCUUCCCUCGCCUCCACUCUUCCAUACGCCUGGCAAUGCAGGAAAUCCAGCAGCUGCUGUGGCUGGUCCCUGCUUUGGGACUUGCCGGGGCAGAUGCCGAGAGCCCGACCCAGUGCUGGGCUCACCGCGAUGCCAUCUCACAGCGCUCGGUGCCUGCGCCAAGGGGACCUAACCCUGCGCAGCUGGGCUUGCGAGAUGCCUUCCAGUCUGCCCGCAGGGUAGGGGCACUCGCUCAUGAGGCAGACAAGGUUUUGGUGCUCGCUGGCUUCCUCUGCCACACGGACCAGUGGGGUGUGGACUACCCGGACUGUGCGGGCAACAUGCAGUCGCCUAUCGACAUUGACACCACCAAGACCGUCUUCAGCCCCCAUCUGCGGCCAAUCCAGCUCUCUGGCUACAGCCUGCCCGCCAGCCAGAAGCUCAAGCUGAGUAACAACGGGCACACAGCUCUCCUCGAGCUGCCCGAGUCACUGGCCAUCACCGAUGGCUAUGCCCAGCAGUACCGUGCCGUGCAGCUGCACCUGCACUGGGGCUCUCCGUCAGGACCCGGCUCGGAGCACACCAUCGACGGCCGACGCUUUGCUGCGGAGAUCCACGUGGUCCACUACAACACCAAGUAUUACAACUUUCAGGAGGCAAUGGUCUACCCAGAUGGCCUGGUUGUACUGGGAGCCUUCCUGGAGGUUGGGCCGAGGGAGAACCCAUACUAUCAGGAAAUACUUGAGCAUCUGUACGAUAUCCAAAGAAAAGGUCAGCAAGUCUUGGUGCCUGGAUUCAACAUUGCCGGUCUGCUGCCUGCCAACCUGAAACACUACUUCCACUACAAUGGCUCUCUGACCACCCCAGCCUGCUACCAGACGGUGAAGUGGACAGUCUUCAACCAGACCAUGCUGCUUUCUCGUGGCCAGAUGUCAAGGCUGCUGAUGAGCCUGAGAAACGACGACAGCAAAGCUCUGCAGAAUAAUUACCGGCUGGCACAGGACCUGCACGGGCGACGGGUGCUGGCGAGUUUCCAGACCACCCUCUCCUCGGGAGAUGACACGCGUGCUGGUAAGGAGCGACACCCCGGCUCUUCGUUUCACGCAGGGGACGUGCUGGCCGUGCUUUUCGGGGUGCUCUUUGCCAUCACGGCGCUGGCCUUCCUGCUGUACCUCUACAAGCACCGCAGCCAGAACGCACGGCUGGACUCGCAGACCAAGUCCAAGGUCAUCUACACAGCAGCCACCACCGACAACACCGCAUGA